UGCGCCAAGCCGCGUCGCCGCGGGUAUUCUUGUCCCGCGCGCGUGUAUACCCCGGUUUUAAGGUUAAGUGAGAGUUACGCCGAGUGCGGGCGCCCGCAGCACCUUGCGCGGUGACCGCCGCUAGACACGCGGCUUUAUUUUGGCCGGCCGGGCCGCCUCGCGCCAGAGGCCGGCAGAUCUUGACGGCGCGACGCGACGGCACGUCGACCCCGUCGGCUCGGGGAACGGUGCACGUGUGUGCGGUGCACGCCGCGCGAGAAAGGAGACACGGGGCCAGAGAGGGAGGAAGGAAGGUUUUUGCGCGACAGCGUGUGCAGCGGCGUCACGACAAAUUUUGCCCGGGUUCUGUCAGAUGCGAACUGCAACUCCGCCGUCGCCGUCGUGUGGAUCUUUCGAGUUGCACGUCGCCGUACCUUCCUGGCACGCGAUAUUCUCCUCGCUGCAUGCAUGCACAAUAUGCAUAGACUAUUCCUCUCAUCGAAGUAGAAAACCAUUGCCGACAGAACCUCCAUACACGGCAUAUGUGGGAAAUUUACCAAAUGGAAUUGUGCAAGGCGACGUUGACAAAAUCUUUGAGAAGCUCAAUGUCAAGGUCAUCAGACUGGUUAAAGAUAGAGACACCGACAAAUUUAAGGGCUUCUGCUAUGUUGAAUUUGAAGACUUGGCCGAUCUGGAGGCAGCAUUGGAGAUGGAUGGAGCAGUAGAGGUAGACAAAUGUCUGAUCAAGAUUGAUGUAGCGGAAGGAAAGAGAAACGACCGUGGUGGAGGUUUUGAUAGGAGAGGUCGCACUGGUGGCGCCGGCAGUGGUAGCGGAUUCAAAGGACGAGAUUCCGGCCGUAGCGGAUACGGCGAUGAUUUCGAUAGUAAAUCCUCAUAUUCAAGAUACAGCGACAGAGGUAGUAGGCAAGGUAACGAUAGAUGGGAUUCUAGAAGUAAUAGAGGCAAUUACGGCCAAUUCAACGAUGACACAGGUGGAAAUCGUGAUUGGUCGCGAAGUACGUCUAGCAGAGCCUACACUAAUAAACCUCCAAUUCGGGGAAUUGGUCCAGACCGAAGACCUCUUGAUGAUUAUGCCAAGGAUGCACCUCCUCCAGACACUACUGGAAGAAAACGGUUGGAGCUCAAACCAAGGACUGUUAAAGAGCCUGUAAAUGCAAUUGCGGAAUCGAGUAAAACAAGUUCCAUUUACGGAGGUGCAAAGCCUCGAGAAGAAAAAUUGAAAAUGGAAAAGUAAAACUAACGAAAUCAUCAAUAGUCUCAGAUUUCCUCGAGGAAAUUGGAGAGAAAAAACAUUGUUGACAAAAUUUUAAAAUUAAUUCAAUAUUCCCUCAUAGUUUCCUAAAAUCUAGUGGUGAUUCUUCGAACAUUUACAAUAUCUGAAAAUGUCUUUUUUAAUUCUUACAAGGGAUGUCACCCGCAAGGAAGGAUAUAUAUAUAUAUAUAU